AUGUGGCUUUCGACUCCAUCGGUCGAGUCUCUGACUCGGCCGCGAAUCGCCGUCGCUCUUGUUUCGGCCAUCGCCACAGCUUCGAUCGGAUACUACGUCUACCAGAGCCGCAUCAACACUGCGCAAGAGGCUGUUCUGCCCGGCGGCGGCCUUCAUAGAAGCAACGCCAUCCGCCGUAGCAGACGACGAUCCCGCGGACACAGACCCAGCUCUAGCUCUUCCUCUUCAGACGUGCCUGGCGACGAAAACGCUGAGAAUGCCGACAAUGCUGAAAACCAAGAUGUCCCGGCCGCCCAGCCAGUAGGUGAUGGCGAGACCGUCGUAGAUGCGAAUAACGAUGAAUGGUGGAACGAUCCUAACAAUUACCCUCCCCAGCAGCGAGCCGGUCAUAAUAUUGUCAGCCUUUUAUUUCGUGUUUCCGAGGACAACGCUAAGCGCAACGGAUGCGUCCAUAGGGGAUGCCAGUGCAAUUCAUGUGGCAUGGUUCCUAUCCGAGGCGUUCGCUACCGAUGUGCCAAUUGUGCCGACUUUGACCUCUGCGAGACGUGUGAAUCCCAAGGCGUACACAUCAAGACUCACAUCUUCUACAAAAUCCGGAUACCUGCACCCCCGUUUGGCCCCCGGCAGAUGCAGCCGGUGUGGUAUACGGGAGAUCCCGACAGCUGCCGACGCAACUUGCCCAGACCUCUGAUCACGAAGCUCACAAGAGAAACGGGGUUUGAGCGGCCGGAGCUCGAGGCAUUCUGGGAACAAUGGACAUUUAUGGCAAAUACCGAGUGGAGAGAUGAUCCCAGUGAUCUCGGCAUUGCCAUGGAUCGCAAGACGUUUGAGCGAUGCCUUGUACCGACGGGUGGUUCACGCCAUGCAUCUCCUAACUUGAUUCAUGACCGGAUGUUUGCCUUUUAUGACGACAACAAGGAUGAUAUGAUUGGAUUUUCCGAAUUUCUACGUGGGUUAUCCUAUCGCAAACGGAAGGAUAAGCUGAAGAAAGUCUUUGAUGGAUACGACCUUGACAGUGACGGGUACGUCGACAGGCGUGACUUUCUUCGCAUGUUCCGAGCCUACUAUGUCCUAUACAAGCAAAUGCACAAAGAUAUCCUAGACGGUCUUGAAGAUCAGCUACUCGCUAGUUCCGAGGCUCAACAGCUAGUCGCCAGCCGCCAACCCCUGAGCAGCCUGUUUGGGCGAGAAGGCAGAGUUCCGACAGCAGAUGGUCCUCUGGCGUUUAGCGGAAAGCGGUUUUAUCCCGAUGGGCACGUUGAGCUGGAGGCCGGAAUGGAGGACGCCGUUGUGCGCGACACCAGCGACACGGCGGAUCGAGAUGAUAUUCUAACCAACCUCUUUGCUAAUGACACCGACCCGUAUUCCCGUCGCCGGAUGCCGCCCACAGAUGAUGUUGACACCAAUUGGCGUACAGUCCGCACACUAACCACCAAUGAUGUUGACCGAUCGUACUUUUUGUCUUUGAUGCACCCGCCCGCUACCCUUGACGAACUGCCUGCAGCGGUCGCGGGUAACCAUGAGCCUGAUGAUAAUGCCACAGACGAGACGUCGGAGGACGGAACAACGGACGAUAAGGAAGCCGAUGAUGAUCAGGACCACGACAACCCUGAAUAUUCCGGAUCGCAACGGCGCGACUCUUUCACCAGCGUCUUCCGGAUGGACAGAAACCCCACCGAAAGCGAAAUCAGAGCAAGCUACGUAACCCACUAUCGCCAACACGGCCCCAGAAUGACCAAGAGACGCCAAGAAAUGGCUCGACGACGGCUCCAUGAAAGGUGGAAGAGGAGGCAUUUCUACCUGGACGAGGAAGAAGGCGGAGAGCCACCCUCACAAUGGGAAGACGAAGAAGAUAUCCUCGAGACAUCUGGCAUCAUGGGCGAAAGUUCAAAAGCCGCCAGUCCCCAUCACGCAUCGACACACUCACGCUCCAGCUCCAAAGUCAGAUUUGCAGAAGAUAUUAGUGACUUGGAGUCUGGAUCCAACAGUUCGGAGUCUUACACAAGCCAACCCGGACGCUCGACGUCCUUCACAAGCCAGCCUGAACGCUGGGCGGGGCUGGGAAUCCCUGUCGCCGAAAAGGAUGCCGGCAAGGAGAUCCUUUAUCAGGUCACGCAACAAGCGUUCAAUGAGCUUCUCGACAUCAUCUUCAAACAAGCUGAAGACCUAGCAGUCCAAGCGGCCGCAACUAAGGAGCAACGAGUAAAGUACAAGUCUGCCAUUGAUUCUGUAAGUCUGGCGGAUGAAAAGACAGAAAACGGCAAUGGCGGCCAGCAGGAAGAUGUACGAAUUUACACAGAGACGGCUCCCCGAGAUAGGACGCUCGCAGAACUCCUGGAAGAAUCAGGAUACAUGCUCGAUCAACAGGAGCCUAGGAACGCUGUGGAGAUUAGUAUCGUUGAAGAAAUCCUACGAGACGAGCCUGUCGGUGAAGCCGUUGAGCACUCCUCGGAUCAGGGCGAGAGCGACUCUGAAUUCGAGUCUGAUCCUCAAAACGAACCUGAAGACGAAUACCGAGACCCUACCCUGCCGCAGUUUCGCCCUAAUAGUGAUGCCUCGGUCGCAGCACCCCUGCCACCACCUUCGUCCAAGCGCAAGGACAAGGAAAACUCCAAGGCUGCAAAAAGGAUAUCGAGUGAACCAUCGCUCAAAACUUUGCGGAGGUGGAAGAAAUUGAACAUGGCCGAGGAGCAAGCAGCUGAGCGUGGAGGUUGGGGCAGACUCAAUUUUGCAGAGUUUGAGGAGAUUUAUAAGAACCAGGAGCAUCAGGGUAACAGACUGGACUAUCUUGGUAGUUGGAUAGACUUUUGCAUCCCCUAG